UCUCUAAAUUUCCGCAGUAAUUUGGGAGUGUUGCAAUCUCUCUUCUUCGCUGUUCAAUCUCUCUCUCUCUCUUUCUCUUUCUCUCGAAGGAAAGCGCGUCGUCCAUCCCCACCCGCUCGGGCAAAAAAAAAAGAAAAAAAAAUCUAAAAAUCUACUUUGCGCGGCCGAAGCAACCACCACCGUCCGCCCACCGAUCUGCGCGUUUGGUCUUUGGUGGAAGAUGAGCGAUCACGUGGUGCUUUCCGUGGACCGGCUCGUGCGGCUGGUGCCGGCGAGGGAUGAGGCCGAGGCCUCGUCGUCGUCGUCGAGCAGCGGGGGCGGCGAGGCGGCCGAGGUGGAGGGGAAUGAGAAGGAGGAGGAGGAGGCGCCUCUGAUUCAGAUGGCCGAGUGUCGCAUUUGCCAGGACGAGGACAGCGUGAGCAACUUGGAGUCUCCCUGUGCCUGCAGUGGCAGUCUCAAGUAUGCUCAUAGGAAGUGUAUCCAGCACUGGUGCAAUGAGAAAGGCGACAUAACAUGUGAGAUUUGUCAUCAGCAAUUCCAGCCCAAUUAUACUGCCCCGCCUCGCCCACCCAUAGACACUACAAUCGAUAUUGGUGGAGGCUUGACAAUAUCUGGAACUCCACUGGACCUGCGAGAUCCUCGUCUUCUAGCACUUGCAGAGGCAGAGCGUCACUUUUUGGAAGCUGAUUAUGAUGAGUAUGCUGCUUCAAAUGCCAGUGGAGCUGCAUUCUGCCGCUCAGCUGCUUUAAUUUUAAUGGCCCUUCUGCUACUGCGGCAUGCAUUGACCAUUCCCGAUGAUGAUGGUGGAGAUGACGAUACAUCCACUUAUUUCUCUGUCUUCUUAUUCCGGGCUGCUGGUUUUCUUUUGCCCUGCUACAUAAUGGCUUGGGCUAUCAGUAUCUUGCAGCGCCGCAGGCAGAGACAGGAGGCUGCAGCAUUGGCGGCAAGGCAAGUUGCUUUUGUACUCCAAUCUGGGCAAAAUGGGGGACUGCAUUUCACGAUAGCACCCGUAACCCCAGUAACAGCUCACGACGAACCUGUAUGAUCUGUAGCGUGAACUACGGUACCAUUCGCUACCACCAAUUCACUUGCGGUGAGGAAUGUAAAAGAGCUCUCAUCCGGCCAACCAAUUACGUAUGCAUAUGUUUUCUUCACUAAUUUCUGGAAGUGAUUAUAUACUGGGAACAGCCCAUAUUAGAUACGAUGCGCCUCUUGGUUUUGCCUCCUUGUAAUUAUACUUUCUUAUUUUGCAUUAUUUGGCAUCAGCCUUUAAUGGCUCAUGGAAAACUUCUCAGUUUGUGUACCAAAUUCUGAUUUUGCUAUUACCAGUUAUUCCUUUCAUUAGGAAGUUGUGUUGGCA